CCUCCAACAAUCCCCCUUGUCAAAACCGGAAUCUUCCUAGACUAUGAUGUGAUCCAAGACUUGAGUUCCUUUCCAGUUCUCGUGGGAUGUUGCCAAUUUUCUGUCUCUGCAUUACUUCACUCUAUCAAUUGUGUUGAUCUUGUCUCUCAUACCCGCUGCUGCCAUUCCUUCCUGCAUCACGCCCCAUGCUUGGCAUCAACUGAUCAUCAGUAUCCUUCCCAAUCUCACCCAACUUCCUUCAUUCUCUCUCAACUAACUCACUUACUACUCACUCAGUCACACUCCCCCUCCCCCUCUCUUCAUCUCUGGUCAUAUCCAUCCCCAUAACUUUAUUCUUUUCGUGCAUGCUUGAAUUCUUACCCCGCCAAUCAUGGCUCACUCGUCCCGCUGGUGGCUGUAUGUCCAGGCCAUCUUCUGGCGGUUCCUCAUGCGCAUCGGCAUGUUUAUCCACGACGUGCUGCCUCCCCGUCCGUCUCGUCCAACCUUUCGCCGUUCCUUCCCCUCAUCUGAGUCCGAUCCCCGUUCCGCGCGCGUUCACCUUCAUUUCUACUGCCCCAAGGACUACCAGGCCGCCAAAAAAGAGGGCCGCCGCCUGCCGGUGGUUGUCAACUUCCACGGCGGCGGUUUCACCCUGGGCCACGCCACCGACGACAGUCGCUGGGCGCAAUGCAUCCUAUCAGACGUCGGGGCCGUGGUUGUCAGCGUAGGCUACCGGCGCGCGCCCGAACAUCCAUUCCCGGCGGCGGUGGAUGACGGGGUGCACGCACUGCAGUAUCUGGCAGCGCACGCUGCGGAGUUGGGUCUAGACGUCUCGCGGAUCGUGCUCAGCGGGUUUUCGGCGGGCGGCAAUCUCGCGGUAACCGUGCCGCUCCGGCUCCGAGGUUUGCUCAGCCAACUGGACUCCAACAACUCCUCGGCGCAUGUGAUCCACACCGACUCGUCGCACCACCUCGUGCAGUCCGCCUCCACCGAGCUCAACAUCGUCGGCCUCUUCUGCUGGUAUCCCAUCCUCGACUUCGAGGAAUCGCGCGACCACCGCCGCGCCAUGAGCCUCAUGCCCAGCAAGACCCUGCCGGCCUUCUUCACCGACCUCUUCGACGAAGCCUACCUCCCCGACCACACCGACCGCCGCUCACCCUACGCCUCGCCCGUGCGCGCCUCGGACGAGAUCCUCGCCGACGCCCUCCCCCGCGACAUCUUCCUCUACAUCUGCGAGUGGGAUAUGCUGCUCAACGAGGGCCAGGUGUUCGUGCGCCGCCUGCAGAAGAUCCAGAAGCACGUGCGCGCCAUGAUGAUCGAGAAGGUUCAGCAUGGCUGGGACAAGUCGCCCAAUCCGUUCCGCGAUCAGGUGAGGGUCGAUAUCCUCUAUCAGGAGGCCUGUGCCGCUAUGAAGCGUAUCUUCGAUUCGUAGACCACAAAGAAAGAAAACAAGAAAGAGAGUAGAGUAAUAGCCGUAUUCGUAUCCAUACACGCAUGUGCAUACCACAGACGGGGUCCAACACUCCACCUCAUUAGCGAUGAGCGGGUUUUCUUCAUGUCUUUCUUUUCCUGGAGUAUUUGUCAUUCUUUUGGGGAGGGGAUGGUUGGCGCGGGCGUCACUGGCGGUUUUGAUAUUGUUAUGCAUCUGCGCACAUCGUUUGUACAGGUAGAGGUGUUGAGCGCGAGCACAGUUCCGUAUGUACUGAAUGAUAUCUUCUGACUUUGGAUGUGGCAGAAAGAAGCCCGUGGUUCAUAUAUAAUCUAGU